UUUGGUGUCAUUAAUUUGUUGUUUCUAAAUUUUCAAAAAUCCGAAAAAUCAAUCAACCAAAUUUUGUUCUGAAUUUAUAUCGAAAAUUUUUUUUCAGAAAUUGAUAUUGACAUUUUCAAUUGAGAAUAAUGUCAUCAGCUAAUCGCUGUAAUUUGACUUUUGCCAUUUUUAUUUCGGCAUUCAUUAUUUUGGCUUCUUUUCAACUAGCCAAAUGUGAAGAUAUUCUUGAUGAUGAAUUGAAUUUGGAUUCGGCAGCCACUGUUGAUCAGGAUUUUGGUGCACAUCAUGAUGGUUCGAAAACCGAUGAUGAAGUAGUGAAACGUGAAGAAGAGGCAAUCAAAUUGGAUGGUCUAAGUGUUGCACAAAUGAAAGAACUACGUGAAAAAGCGGAAAAAUUUCAAUUUCAAGCCGAAGUUAAUCGUAUGAUGAAAUUGAUCAUCAAUUCAUUGUAUAGAAAUAAGGAAAUAUUCCUUCGUGAAUUGAUUUCAAAUGCAUCGGAUGCAUUGGAUAAAAUCCGAUUAUUAUCACUUACGGAUAAAGAAGUAUUGGCUGCUACUGAUGAAUUAUCUAUUCGUAUUAAAGCAGAUAAAGAUAAUAAAUUAUUACAUAUAACUGAUACUGGUAUUGGUAUGACUAAAGAUGAAAUGAUUACUAAUCUUGGUACUAUUGCUAAAUCUGGUACGGCUGAUUUUUUGAAAAAAUUAUCCGAAACUAAAGAUGUACGUGAAAUGAAUGAUUUAAUCGGUCAAUUUGGUGUUGGUUUUUAUUCGGCAUUUUUGAUUGCCGAUAAAGUUAUUGUAACAUCCAAAUCGAAUGAUGACCCAGUGCAACAUAUUUGGGAAUCAGAUGGUUCUUCGUUUACUAUCGUUGAAGAUCCACGUGGUCCUACAUUAAAACGUGGUACAUGUGUUACAUUGGUAUUGAAAGAAGAAGCUAAAGAUUAUCUUGAACAAGAUACUCUACGAAAUUUGAUUCGAAAAUAUAGUCAAUUUAUUAAUUUUAAAAUCUAUCUUUGGGCAAGUCGUAUUGAAACUACGGAAGAACCGAUUGAAGAAUCAACAACAACUGAAGAAGAAUCAAAACCAAAAACCGGUGAUGAUGAUGAAGAUGCAAAAGUAGAAGAUGUUAAAGAUGAUUCGGAAAAGAAACCAAAAACGAAAAAAAUUGAAAAAACCAUUUGGGAAUGGGAAUUGAUUAAUACAUCGAAACCGAUUUGGACACGUAAUCCGGCCGAUAUAACUGAUGAAGAAUAUAAUGAAUUUUAUAAAUCAUUAACACGUGAUACACAAGAUCCAUUGGCUAAAACACAUUUUAUUGCCGAAGGUGAAGUUACAUUCCGUUCGUUGUUAUAUGUACCGAAAGUUAAUCCAUCUGAUUCAUUAAAUCGUUAUGGUACACGUACGGAUAAUAUAAAAUUAUAUGUACGUCGUGUAUUCAUUACCGAUGAUUUUACCGAUAUGAUGCCAAAUUAUUUGAAUUUUAUUCGUGGUCUAGUCGAUAGUGAUGAUUUACCAUUGAAUGUAUCACGUGAAACAUUACAACAACAUAAAUUAUUGAAAGUUAUUCGAAAAAAAUUAGUACGAAAAGUAUUGGAUAUGUUGAAAAAAAUAUCCGAAGCUGAUUAUGAAGUAUUUUGGCGUGAAUAUAGUACCAAUAUAAAAUUGGGUAUUAUUGAAGAUAGUGCUAAUCGUGCACGUUUAGCAAAAUUAUUACGUUUCCUUUCAUCAAAUUCAAUGGAUAAAAUGAUACCAUUAUCAGAUUAUGUUAAACGUAUGAAAGAAAAACAAGAACAUAUUUAUUAUAUUGCCGGUACAUCAUUGGAUGAAGUAUCACGAUCACCAUUUGUUGAACGUUUAUUGAAAAAAGGUUUUGAAGUUCUGUAUUUAACCGAUGCUGUUGAUGAAUAUGCUAUAUCAGCAUUACCCGAAUAUGAAGGUAAAAAAUUUCAAAAUGUAGCUAAAGAUGGUUUAGAUCUUUCAUCACAAUCUGAACGUACAAAAGAAAAACAAGAACAAUUAGAUAAAGAAUUUGAACCAUUAAAAAAAUGGUUUCAAGAUUUAUUAACGGAAAAAGUAUCAAAAGUUGUUGUAUCACAACGUUUACAUGAAUCACCAUGUGCAUUAGUUGCAUCACAAUUUGGUUGGACUGGUAAUAUGGAACGUUUAGCAUUAUCGAAUGCACAUUCCAAAUCACAAGAUACAAUGCGUGAUUAUUAUUUAUCGCAAAAGAAAACAAUGGAACUGAAUCCACGUCAUCCAUUGAUACGUGAAUUAUUACGUCGUGUUGAAGAAGAUAAAGAAGAUCUGGUUGCUAAAAAUAUGGCCAUGUUGAUUUAUGAAACAGCUACAUUAAGAUCUGGUUAUCAAUUAGGUGAUACAACAUCAUUUGCACAACGUGUCGAAACAUUAUUACGUAAAACAUUGGGUGUCGAUGAAAAUGCUCAAGUCGAAGAUGACGAUGAUGAUGAUGAUGGUGGUUUUAAUGAUGAUAAUUCAGCUGAUAAACAACAAGAUGAUUCGGAUAACAAUACCAAAGAUGAAGAUUCGUUGAAUGAUGACCACGAUGAAUUGUAAAAAAAACUCUCAAACCCACCAAACACACACAUAACUGCAAUCUCUCUUCCUUUCCGGCUGAACAUUUCAUUUUUUUCCAAUUAUUUUUAAUAUAUUAAAAAUAUGUAAUUUCAAAUUAA